AAGGAAACCAAAGGGCGCCAGAGUUAAUGGUAAAUAUGUUGCUGAACGGAACUAAAAAGUACAACAGAAGUUUAAGAAGCAAAAAGAAAAAGAAAGCGAAAAACAAAAAGAAGAAGAAGAAAAAAGGGGGUACCAAGAAGAAAAGAAAGGGAAAAGAAGUUAAAAAGAAAUGUAUUCCAAGGUAUUUGUAGUUAAAAAAAAACCCCAGUAAAUUAGUAUUAUUAUUAUUUUUACUGAAAAAGUGCAUGUAUACAAAUGUAUCUGAUAGAGAGACUAAAUAUAAAAACUACAAAUCAAAGGUACCCUUGGUCGUAUUUGGGGUCGGAAUGUUUGGCAAAGAUUUAGUGCACUGCAAGGGAUUGAGAAGUGGAAUCACUGAACUCUUUUACAAGACUUUAAAGAGAAGAGAAAUUAAUGGUGACUUGAUAGUUGUUACCAUCGAUGAGUAUCUUACCUCCCAAGUAUGCUCUAAAUGUAUGACAAGAACUUUGGAUGUUUUUACUGGUGUUCGUGGCUGUGGUGUUCUUGUUUGCAAGACAUGUCAAAACUGUGGCAGAGGGAUAUUAAUGCAUCUUUAAACAUAAUGAAGACUGCUCAGUCGAUUUGGAGAGAUGGAGAGCGCCCUCUUCCGUUUAAAAGAGGUUAAGUCUUACAUAAAUCGCCGUAUUAAACAUGGUUCUCCGAAAGGAGUUCAGAUUAUUACAG